AUCACAAAACCAGAAAAAAUGGCUGCCUUCUUCCAGCACAUGAUUACACGUGAGGUCAGGAGACAGAUUAGCGUUUGAAGGAGUAAGUGGCGGGAGCCGCAGUCCAGCUAGAAGACAAAAUUGCAAGAAGGGUUCGGCAGAAGGGGUUGGGGUGAGGCGGGCGGUGAGCCCCGCCAUGGAGCUGGAGGUGAACAGCGAUGCGGUGGCAGUGGAGACAGUGGAGGUGGUGGCAGGAGGAGAAGACGGCGCGGCCGCGGCUCUCUUGGGACAGCAACUGAUGGUAGCAACCACUCAGGACCUCAUCGUCCCGUCCCCUGAGGCUGCACUGGAGGCCCAGGGACUGGAGGUUACAGGAGGAGUUCUGGGUCUAGCUGGUCUUCCUUCCUCCCAGUCCGGUAUCGUAACUCUGCCUGUGGGGACCCCUGCCUCACUCUCUCAGAGUGUGCAGAUUGGCAGUAAACGCCCCUCAGCCGAGAUAUCGCUGAGUGACUUAGGCCCAGCCGCAGACCUACAGAACUUUGCCUACACCGGUGAGCUGCCUCGCAAGAAGUCCCGCAAUUAUCUGGACUCUCACAAGAACAUUGAGAAGAAGAGGCGAGACCGGAUCAACCAGUGCCUCAACCAACUGAAGACUCUGGUCCCCGACUGCAGGCAAUAUGGGAACAAGAAGCUGGACAAGGCAGAGAUCCUGGAGAUGACCAUCGAGUAUAUUCACAGGCUCCAGCAAGGCAGUGGGGCACGUGGAGUUGAUGUCUCUCUUGGCCAGAAGGAGUGGGUCACAGACCUCACCACCUGGGUCAUCCAGAACAAGAUACUGCACACUGGUCCACACUCUCUGGACACUUUCUGCCAGGCUCUUCUCCUGCAUCUGCAGAACUUUGGAUCUAGCAGCUCCAUUUCUUCUGCCACGUCCCUGCUGGUGAACCAGGUGGCCAGUGGGGAAGAAGACCCUCUGCUGAGGCAGCAGGUCCAGCUGGCCAACCAGUUGUCUCUCCUCCAGCAACUGUCCUCUCAGACUUCUGGCCAAACCUCAUCUCCAGCUGGUGAGGCCAAGAGCUCUGCAAUAUCAUCAGAACCAGCGACAGGACCUGCCGUCACUUCCUCUACCACUGCACAGGCAGCUCCGUCUGCGACCCAGACUCAGCUAACGCAACUGCAUGCUCUCCUACUGCUUCAGCAGCAGCAGCAGCUGCUGACUCAGCAAAGCCAGGAGGCAGGCUCUGACAGCCAGUCACAGGCAGCACAAUUCCAGCAGCUGCAGCAGUUACAGCAGCUGCAGGCUCUUUUGCUGCAGCACAUCGCCAACGAGGCAGCACAGCAGGGGAAGGGGAUUGCUGGCUCACAGGACAGUUCUGUACCCAGCACCACCACACAGCCAGCAGACUCGUCCAUGCUGACUACCAUCACCAGUGAGGCUGCUAGCACCAGGAGCCAGGCUUCCUCAGCAGCCGCGCCCCCUGUCUCACUGGCCCCGCCUUCCUCCAGCAUGGACCUGUCUCUGAAGACACCGGGGAGUGAGGUCUUGGAGCAGGCUGAGAUGUACACUCUGGAGAACAGUCUGGACAACAACCACCUCCUCCAGGUGAGUGUGUCAAUAGCUGAGGCCGGAGGUGGGGAAGGAGACUCCGCUGUAGUGGGGACCAUGGUAGAGUCUGAGGUGACUCCAGGAGGUCAGAUGUGGUCUGGCGGAGGAGAAGACAGACCUGAGCAGCUCAUGGCUCCCGACGUCCAGGAAGAGGUCUCACUGCUGGGGGACCAGAGGCACGACUAGACACACACACACACAACCACCUUCACCACUACAUCACAUCUUUGUACAUUUCUCAUAUUAGUGACAUUUGUUGCCUUCUUAUAACAGUUUGAUCUUUUCACAUUAUACAACAAAGAGAAUUAUGACAAGGUUGAUAACAUGAGAAUGACACAAUCACAAAAUUGAUAAGUGGAGUUGCUACAAUUGGCACAGUAAUCACUCCAGAGGCUGAUACAAUGGUUGAUUAGCAAUGACAUCAUACACUUUCACUACAGUAGAAGUCAGGAGAAGGUAUCCCUCUCGAAUUGGAUCAUAAUGUCACUUUGAUGAGUCAUGUCGAUCUUGGCUGUCAUUGCUUCUCUCUUCCUGCGCUGCUCCUCUCGCUGCCUCUCCCGCUGCUUCUGCUUGCUCUCCGCAUCCUCCACACUGCCAGCUGGAGAUGGUGUUGCCGGGGGCGACUGGGACUGAUGGGAGGGGGAAGGCUGGCUCUGCUGUUCCUCACGUCUCCUCUGAGCCUCCAGCCCAGCCUGUCUCCUCUGCUCCUUCCUCUGCUCCUCCUGUUGCCUUGCCAGUCGGUCCUGCAACACACACACACACCAUUGGACUGCUAGCACACAGGACAGAGGAAAACCUCACCCUCUCGUUCUUCUCCAAUGCCUGUUUCUUGAACUGCUCAAAGACUGAGUUGGAGGCGGUGGAGAGGAGGGAGUGUUUGGUGGGGGGGUCGAGUGGACUGGACACAUCUAGAGGAGGACUGAUUGGUGGGCUCUUAUUGAGAUUCUCAGUCUUGGUGGGAGGGGCAAUAGAGAGAGGUGGCGAGGAACGUGUUUGUUGUGAGCGGCGACCAAUGAUAUCAGCUGCUGAUGGCCUCUUUAAUAGAGCUGGUUGCUAUGGAAACGAAAUACAUAUGGUGGGCACUAAUAAGGAAGUAAAAUGUCAUCAAGAGGCAUUAAUAAGGAAAAUGUAAGUGUACAUGUACAUACAUACAUGUAUACGCUACACGACCCA